UGGCACCACGUAGAGGCAACUGUCACAGGCGCCAAUAUUCGUUACAAAGUUGUCCCUCGUUCUUCCUCCAAAAAUAAUAUAAGAAAAGAACUUCAUAUUUGCUAGCACAUUCACUUCAAGACUCCCCUACUCCUUUCUCUUCUUCUUCUUCUUCUUCUUCUUCUAAGCUUAGAAAUGGAGAACCCAUCUCGGGCCGAGGCUUUUCCGGUUGGCCUUCGGGUUUUGGUGGUGGAUGAUGACCCAACUUGGAUGAAAAUCCUUGAGAAAAUGCUCAGAAAGUGCUCAUAUGAAGUAACAACAUGCGGCUUAGCAACAGUUGCACUGAGCCUGCUUCGUGGAAGAAGGGAUAAGUUUGACAUUGUAAUUAGCGAUGUCAAUAUGCCCGACAUGGAUGGUUUCGAGCUUCUGGAACAAGUUGGACUUGAGAUGGAUCUCCCUGUCAUCAUGAUGUCCGUGAAUGGGGAAACAAGUAGGGUAAUGAAAGGGGUUCAACAUGGUGCAUGCGAUUACCUACUUAAGCCCAUUAGAAUGAAAGAGCUGAGAAACAUAUGGCAACAUGUUUAUAGAAAGAAAAUGCACGAACUGAAAGAGGUUGAAGACCAUGAUAUCAGUGAAGAUAUUCAAAUGAGUAGAAGUUUUUCUGAGGAUUUUGAUGACAGGCAAGGAUGUCUUGGAAAGCGAAAAGAUUUGGACAGCAAAGAAACUUCGGAUCAAGAAUGUAACGAUACUGCAGCAGUGAAGAAAUCUAGAGUUGUGUGGUCUGUGGAUCUUCAUCAAAAAUUUGUGAAUGCUGUGAAAGAAAUAGGAUUUGACAAAGUUGGUCCAAAGAAGAUUCUUGACUUGAUGAAUAUCCCCGGGUUAACAAGAGAAAAUGUUGGUAGUCACCUGCAGAAAUACCGUCUCUAUUUGAGUAGAUUGCAGAAGCAACAUGAAGAGAGAAGUAGUGUCAAAAACAUCCAACCUGAUUUCAACCCUACUGGUCCCCGGGCUAACUUCCAGAACUCAGCCACAAUGAAUCAAAUCAGCGCUUCUGGCCGAUAUGUGCCCAUUACCCAAAAUUUCCAGGCGUAUAAUAGAACUCCCGCUAUUUUUGCCAACAACGUAAAGAGCACAGUAGCCUUGCGUUUAAAAGAUCAAAUGGGGACAAUAUCAUCUGUUGAAACUUCCACACCAAAGCAAGAACCCUGGAGCAAUGGCAUCCCUCUAACAUCGUGCGUGCAGCGUUCAAAACAUGAUCAUGAGCCAAACAGUUCAUUAGAGGAUUGCUCACACCUGCCGCUUACUGGCCAAAUACAUCAGACAACCACUAGUCAGUCGCUGCCUCCAACAUCUAUUAUCUCGGUAGCUUGUAAUCCAGAGCAGAAGACAGCCUCAACUAGAACCAAGCCAGCGCUCAACAGUACAGUGGUAUUACCGGUGAUAUGCACGAGUGACUCUGUUUCAGUCCAAGUUGAACGCGGGUCUGUAGAUUCUCAAGGUUUUGGAGUAAAACACGAGACUGAUGGGUCGAAAAUUUGGAUGUCUCCAUUAAGAGAACCGAGAGCCAAGAAUGAAAAAGACUUUGUUUCUCUACCUGAGGAAUCACCCCUUUCCUCUCUUCAAAAUAUUGGUUGCUUUGAGAAUAUUGGGCUUAACAGCAUGGACAUUUUUCAGCAUACCGGUUCUACAUCACUGACCGGUUUUCACAGUAACUGGUACGAUGGAUUGGAAUUCAACGGCGAUUAUUCGUUUGACCCAGUGGAGUACCAGGUCACGGAUGAUUGCCUUUUCGUAUGA